AUGCAUUGUAACAAUGUUCUCAAAGUUAAGGCCAUUUCUUCUGGGAAUUCAUACGACUGGAUGAUAUUUAAGAAAUGUUGCAACGCUGUAAGCAGUGAAAUCAAACAAGCCAAGGAAAAAUUCUUCAAAAAUGCAUUGCGUGAAAAUGAAAGUAAUUCCCGUAUGACUUGGUGAAAACCCAACUUGGAACAUCAUACAUAUCAAAAAUAUUUCCAAAAAAAUUGCCUCCUGCAUUGGCAUCUUGAAGAGAAGCAGAUCUUUUGUUCCUUUUGAAACACUCCUAUGCAUCUAUAAUGCCUAAGUUCAACUUCACUUCAAUUAUUGUAGUGUUGUAUGGGGGAAUUGCAGUAAAUCUCUUUCCAUUAGAAUACAAAAACUACAGAAUCGUGCUGAGCAUGUUUCGACCUCUUCUUCAUACGAUGCCAAUGCAGAUGAUCUCUUUGCUAGAGUAGGCUGACAAAAACUUAAUCUUUAACAAGAAUUAAAAACAGCCACUAUGGUCUAUAAAUCUCUUAAUGGUCUCACCCCUGAUUAUCAGAAAUCAAUGUUUACUGAUCAGAGCACAAUAUCUACCAAUUCUCUUAGGAAUUGUGAGGGCAAACUGGCUGUUCCACUCGCCCCCAUCAAUUUUCUAAAUAAACAGUUUCAGCUACAAUGGUGCAGUGAUGUGGAACAGCCUACCUACCAAUCUGUGGCACACACGAACUAUUGCUAGUUUUAAAUCUGGCUACAGGGGUUUCCUUUUUGAUAAUAAAUAAGUCAAUUUACCACAUGGCAUUCAUGGAAAGUAGACACUUCUGUUAUUGUUUUUAUUUUGUUGUUAUUAGUUUUAAUUAGUAGCAGAUUAGUAUCUUAA